UGUAACAAAAAAAAAAUAAAGAACAAAAUGUUGGUUAAAUUAAUAUUUAUUUAAUCCAGUGAACCUCGUUAUUAAGAAAAGCCCGGCCCAUAGUGAAAAUAUCCAUGUCUUCCCUUUGUCGCCGUUGAUGUCGUCGCCGGAAUGUAUCUUUCUUCCGGUUGCUGAACUAAGGGUCGGCUCUAGACUAUCUUCUCUCCUGAAACACGAGAGAGCUCAAAUGAAGAGAAAAUGUAGGAUUUGGUUGCCUAAGCAGCUCGCAACAACUGAUGAUUUGAGUCACAGUCUAUUGUUUGGGUGGUUCCUUUGCCAGUCCUCUUCUUGUCUUGACGUUGUUGUGGCCUUUAUCUCUGAUGAAAGCUCCUUGUCCAAUGCCGGAUCUAAGCUCCAAGACGUACUUCGUGAAACAAAUGAGAAGAUGCCCUCAACUUUACGGGAUAAGGCAGCGUUUACUCUCCUUGGUCGUUGUGAUAUAAGCCGUAAUGCUAAUGGAAACGUAUCAAAGAUUAUAACAGACAAAGAUAUGUGCAGCAAGGCUGGAGCUUAUUGCAAAUAUAGUGGCCUCAGCUGUGGUUGUCAAAGGGUUGAUGGCUUAUUAGAGGAUUUCAGGAAAGAUUCUAAGAGAAAUUACUGGAUUCAAAUGGUGCGUGAUUCUGCAGAGCAUAGAAUUAUGGAACUCCAUUCAAGUUCUAGAUUGCAUCAUAUACACUGGAAUGGGGAGAUUGUAUCUCAAUGCGAUGUCCACGUCAUAGUCUAUGACACUCCAGUGUUUGGUUCUCACCAUUUCUCGUUAAGCUUUUGGAAUUCUUCUCCUCAGACAAAAGCUCCUCUUAAGAAACCCAAGUGGGUUGAUGAUCUUCACAACAGGAAACCUCUGAAUGAAAUGGAAACUGUGAUUCUUUCCAUAAAUUGCGCCUCAGCUGCCAAGAUUGCCUAUAAGAAGAUUUCCACGCAGCUGGAGACUUCUUCUCAGAACUUUUCCAUUUCUUACUUGAUAUCUUCUUUGACAUGGCGGUUACUCGCCACAAUUUUAGGCUCUAUAUCAAGUCUGUAUUAUAGCCUUGCCCAAUUCUUCUAUUUACUUUCAAGUUUUCCGAUUUUCUCAUGGGUGCACAUCGCAUCGAGGAGGGUACUCAAGAAUACAUGGGUCAACUUCAGAAUACGCAGUUGUCAGAUCUUAUAUUGGCCAAUCUUCCUUGAAGAGAAUGGUAUGAUGUCCAUAUCCUGUGUGGAACAUGCAGAGAAAGCUGCACUGCAAAGACAUUCUACAUGGUCGGCCAUGGCUGUUGAUCUUGUUUUGGGGAAUUUGAUUGGUCUAGGUCUACUGUUUAACACCGAAUCUGUCUGCUCAUUUGUAUUCGACUUUGCAAAGGAGUUUACGAAUGGUAUUUUGCGGUCUGGUAGUGUGUGGUUGAUGGGAGUUCCAGCGGGUUUUAAGUUAAACACAGAAUUGGCUGGAGUUUUAGGCAUGGUAUCUCUUAAUGUAAUACAGAUAUGGUCUACUCUCUGGGUCUUCAUGGCUUCUUUCAUCUUUUAUUUGAUAAGAGUAAUUGCUAUCCUUGGAAUUACUUUUGGUGCCACAGUAUCUGCCGCAUUUGUCAUAGAUGUUAUUACUUUUGCAACACUUCAUAUAAUGGCUCUUCACUGGGGAAUCACACUUGUAUAUUCUCACCAAAUUCAAGCUUUAGCAGCUUUGUGGAGGCUUUUCAGAGGGCGGAAAUUGAAUCCUCUACGUCAAAGGCUGGACAGCUAUGGUUACACUGUGAAGCAACAUGUAGUGGGAUCUCUUCUGUUCACUCCUCUUCUACUUCUCUUGCCAACAACAUCAGUUUUCUACAUCUUUUUCACCAUUACGAGCACUACAAUCAACUCCAUAUGUAUGUUGAUUGAAUUCGCCAUCUCCGUCAUCCAUGCAACACCAUAUGCAGAGGUUUUGAUUUGGCUUGUCAGACGUAAACGAUUCCCUUGUGGUGUUUGGUUUGAAAUGGAACACUAUAGAGAGCAUAUCCUCGAAGAUGCAGACUCCAAAAGUCUACUAGAAGAACAUGAUACUCCUGAUCUAAUAGUUUCCAACCUUCGCAGCAAUUUUUUAACCUUAGGACAGAUUCUUUUGCCUCACUAUACAACAAUAUUUUCAGGAAUAUCAGCUUCUUCUCUGACAACAUCAGCUCGGGGAGUCCUCAGUGGGAAAAGAAUGCCAUCAAAACUGGGGCUCGAUCUCCCUCCUCCAAGGCCAUGGAUCCACAUGCCAUUGAGACAGUACUGGAUCCUAUGCCAUAAUUCCAUCAUCUCAUCAAUGGCAAAUGGUGAAUUCUCCAAUUGAUCUUCUAGUAGCGUUUUAAUUUAACUCCACAAGGCACUGUGAUCACUAGGGUGUGAAUCGUUAACAUUGGAAAACAUGGAGUCCUUUUUUUAAUAUUUGGCCCUUUUUCCUUGAUUUGUUCAUCAGCUUUAUCUCUGGUUGUAAAUCUUUUGGUUUCAUCUAAUAUGAAAUUUGGUUACGUGUCAAAAUAUAUAUUAAUGAAUUAAAUAUUUUGUUGUUUUCUGAUU